CCCUGUAUAUAGGCUUCAGCACUGUGGUGUGUUCUACAGAACCAGGAGUCACUCCACAGGAGAAGAAGACGACUGUGUGUGUCUCUCGCUGACAGUCUCUCAGCUGUGUGUGUCUGUGCAGGAAGACUCCACACUCCCACAGGUUGUAUAUUUAUUAUUGUGUGGAAUCAUGUUCAUGGUGAAAGUCUCCGCCCUCCUCGCUGCUUACUUUCUGCUCAUCUCCCAAAUGUACAGCUCCCAUGCCGCUCCCAGACCUGCUGCAGAUGCUGUAACAGACACGGUGGUGCUGACGGAUUAUGAAGCACGCAGGUUAAUAAACGCCAUUGUUAAAGAGUUCGUUCAGAUGACAGCAGAGGAGGCGGAACAAAGUGAGGGAAACAGCCCGGGCCGAGCUCUAACCAAGCGCUGCUCCAACCUCAGCACCUGCGUUCUCGGGAAGCUCUCGCAGGAACUUCACAAGUUACAGACUUUCCCACGGACAGACGUGGGCGCGGGCACACCGGGCAAGAAACGCAGCCUGUCUGUCACCGAGCGUCGCAGCGGCUACGGAGAUGCAUUUGAUAUCAUCUAACCCUGCGCUGCAUUUGCAUGUGGACUCUGCCAUCUUGAAUGACCUCCCAGAAUGAACCCCACCCCCUUCCACACCCUCUUCCUCCCCCCACACCCUCUUCCUCCUCCUCUUAGUCUGAUUUCAGUUGUUUGUGCUGAUUCUGGUUCAGCUGAGAGUGAACGGCUCUGUUUCAGUACAGAGUUUCUCUCCUGUUGCUCUGAAUCUGAACGUUCAAACUGAAACAUGUUGAGUUUGGAAGUGCAGAUUUCAGACACCUCGCUGAAGAGCAGCUCAGCAGUCAGUCAGGCCGAUCUCAGUGUCAGCGCUCACCUGUGUUUUUACUGUAAUAAACAUAUUUUUCUAUCAGGAAGCUGCUUUACUUUUAUCACUCAAUACUGCAAAACACACUGACACACACACACACACACACACUCACAUUUAACAUCCUUACUCAUUACAACUCAGCCUUGAUGCCCUCUAAUUAAUCUGACACACAUUCGUCAAAUUCUCCCAAAUUCACACACAUUCACACUCUCACUAAAACUAGCAGGUAAGGUAAUAUUAACUUAACUCGGUUUGUGUGUGUGACUGUGUUUAUGCAUGAUUACAUGUUUAAUUUUGUGUAUAAUUUGUUUCUGUCUUUACCUUUUCUGUACAGCUAUGUCCGAUGCAUAUACACAGUCAAGUCAGAAUAUUUAACCACCCACUUGUUUCUACAGUCAUUGUCUAUCUCAGGGGUCACUAAUAGGCGGACCACGGUCCGGGUCCGGACCCAGCGCAGGCGUGCUCUCUUUACUCCCAAAACAACCCUACCUCACAACUAAGGCAAACCCCAGGGGACAAAAAGCAUUGGCAACUUCCCCCAUCAGUUUUACUCACAACAUAAUAAAGUAUGCUAGAGUAAUAAUAUUAAAUAAAAUAAAACUACUGUUUUUUUUUAAGGUGAUAUUUUGGCCAAGUUCAGCAAACAUUUCUCCAUAUAUUGUACGAUUUAUCAUUCAUGUAAUUUUUAUUAUGACAGGCAGGCAUAAAUCUAAUAUAAAUAAAAUCAAAUAGAAUAAAUAUAGCAUUUUGAAACAAAGUGAACAUACAGAUUCACAUUAUUAGACUCGAUAUGUUAGAUUAUUGAGGGUGUUUCCAUUUAUUUUAUGACAGGUUGAUAAUGUAAUUAUUGUGACAGGCCUAUUUAAAACAAUACAUAUUGUUGAAAUAUACUAGUAUGUUUAAUUUGUUUUGUCUUUCAGUUGUUGAUAAAACACUGACAGCACUACUAUAGGCUUCUUCAGUAAACAGAAUAAAACACUGAAUUAUAACACAAGUUAACCCUGGCGACGGUCCGGACCUUAGCCUGAUGAAAUUUUCUUUAACUUGACCAAACUGAAUUCUAAUUAAAUACCCCUGGUCUAUCUUUUUAGCUCCAAUGAGCAUUUGGAGUUCUAUAAUUACAGACUGUAGUCCUGUAUUUGUUUAUCUGUAUAAUUUAUUAUCAUCCUCCUUUUACACUGUUCUUCAGGUCAAGAUCCCACAAGACCACAACAGAGCAGCUAUUAUUAUUAUUUGGGUGGUGGAUCAUUCUCAGCCCUGCAGUCACACUGACUGGCAUGUUGGUGGUGUAUUAGGUGUUAGUUUGUGUUGUGCUGGUAUGAGGGGAUCGGAUACAGCAAUGCUGCUGGAGUUUUUAAACACUAGAGUCAGGGUUCAUACACGUUUUAACCAAUACAUAUGCAUGAUUUUUUCAUGACUUAUCCAUGCUUUCGAGGCAAAUUUUCAUGACCAUAUGAUUUUUAAAACAUCAGUGCAGAGAUGGACAAUAAAACUAAUAAUUAAUUGUUAUUAUAUGUAUUUGUGAACUUCUUCACCAAUAAACUGAAACACAAAUAUUUGUAGACCAUUCCAUUUGUAGACAUUUCCAUGACUUUUCCAAAACUUUCUGGGUAUUUUUAUUUUUCCAAAACUUAUCCAGGCAUGGAAAUUGCUAUUUUUAAAUUCCAUGAGUUUUCCAGACUGUAUGAACCCUGUAGACUGUGACUGCUGGACUGAGAAGAGUAUACCAACCAGAAAUAUCCAGUCCACUGCGGGUUGAAUCCUCUGAAUACUGAAUAAAGUCUAGAAGAUUACCAACACAAACACUAACACUUCAUACACCACCACCUUGCUAAUCAGUGCUAAUAUUUCAUACCGGCUAUGGUGCAGGCCUGUGUGGUCCUGAGCACUGAAGAACAGGUUGAAGGUUUAUAAUAAUAAAGUAUGCAAAGAAAAAGAUACAGGACUACAGUGGAUCUGAAAACAUGGACAAUGACCAUAGGAACAAUAGGGUGGUCAUAAUAUUGUGACAAACUGUGUGUUAUAUAUAUGUAUCUUUUUAUAUAGAUUCUAUAUUAUACAGUAUAUGGACAAAUGUUUUGGGACACCUGUUUCUUUUUACAGUCCAGGGUAGGGUUUCUACUACAUCCUGCUGUCAGGAUUUGAUUGCAUUCAGUGAUUAUACAAGUGGUAUUUUUCUGAGAUUUUCCUAAAUGGUCAGUGCAAAUGACAGUCAGAAUAAAUUCUAAGUUAUAAAUCCAAUUUUAUUGAACAAACCUCCUAAUGGUAACAGUAAUAAAAAAAAACUCAAAAUGCACUGUUCCACGUAAUUAAGCAGGCCACAGGUUUGUACAGAUAACAGAUGGGUUCAUGCAGAUAAAGGCAAAAUAAGGAAGGUUUCUGCUAAAUUCAUCAAAUUAAGAGAGCAGCUACUAAAAUACCAUUACAAAACAGCAAACAGGUAUUUGAAGCUGCUAGUGCCUGUGGGUGUAGGAUUCUCCAGAGGCUUACAGUUGUGCAUAAAACUAUUAUUCGGCCACCCCUACCCAGAGCUCUCAAGCAGAAACGGUUGCAGUAGCCCAGACAUACAUGAAGACUCAUUUUCAAACAGUCCUGUUUACUGAUAAAUGUGGUGCAACCCUGGCUAGUCCAGAUGGAUGGAGAGUGGAUGGUUGGUGGAUGACAAACCUCUGUGUCACUGGCUGCUUUGGGCAAAAAAGGAGAGAAACUCAUGGUGUGGCCAUCAUCUUUUGCCUAACCUCAACUCUAUUAAGAACCUUUGAAGUAUCAUCAAGCAAAAAGGUGAUUUUAAAGAAGUGGUGUUACGGUUGCAAGUUAAAGUAUAUGAACCCUUUGGGAGGACUUGGUAUUCUGCACAAACU